ACGUUGCUGCAGAUGGCAUCAAAAUGCAGCAACAUAGUGAACUAAGAGGCAAAAAACGAAAUUCAAGGAUGUGGCCGCCGUGCAAACAGAAUUCAGUUUUUUGUUUAUAGUUUCCUAUCCUCAAUGUGCCGAAUUUUCGUUCCGGUAUCGCCAGUUCCGACUUCUUUUACGGGGAUGAUGUGUUGUGGACAAACAGGUAUUCAAAAACGCAUACGAGGAGGUAACGAAGUUCGUGAGGGUGAGCUACCAUGGCUGGUUUCAGUACAGCAUCAAGGUACUCAUUACUGUACGGGUACCAUCAUAACGCCAAUUCACGUCUUAACAGCCGGCCAUUGCUAUUUGUCAAACGUCAACUCGUAUCAGAUACGUUACGGCAGCGUAGAUCUUGAUAAGUCAAAGCUUGCCACCGUUGCUAAACACUUCAGGCCAACACAAUAUGUCCGUGAACCUGAAGGCGCCCCGUUUUACGACAUACUCAUCCUACUGCUCGCCUGCGCUAUCCGGUUUAGUUCUCAAGCGACUCCUAUUUGUCUAGCUGCUGGAUUACAAGACUCAGUCGAGGGAAAACAGGUUCAAGUGGCCGGAUGGGGUGCUAUUGAUGAUUCUCCAACUAAACCCAGGAUACUUCGCGCCACGGGCGAAAUAAUUCAAUCUAGCACAUCGGAUGCUUGUAAAGGCUCCUCCUAUUUCGGAACCAAAUAUGAGUACUGUGUUUUUAACGACGACAAAGCCGUCUGCAAAGGAGACUCGGGCGGACCGUUAAUGGUCGAGGAAGAUGGUAUUCAUUAUCAGAUUGGUCUCGUUUCAUAUUCACAUUUGAAAGAGGAUGUUCCGCAUCCAAUGUGCCCUGCUAAGGGGCAGCCACAGAUGUUUGCCCGCUUAGACUUUCUUUGGGACUUCUUAGUCGAGUCGUUAGAAAGCUCUGGUGGUCGACAGUAUGUCAAACAAGAAACGCAAGGCAGACGGCGGACACAGAAAUGGCGUUUUGGGACGUCUGGAGCCGCAAGUGGACCAUCAGCAUUUUUCAAAUUUUAGUAAGAACACGGGAGAAAGGCAGACUGAGAGAAUUGUUAGCUCGUUUGCGAUGACAACAAUGAAGCUUUUUUCAGACGUAUUUUCCGCGAUUUGCAUCAACUAAUCGACUGUUCAUACAGAUUAUCUUACCUCGUUUAGGUUGCGCCGGCUUUAAGAUGAUUAACGUGGGAACUUAAAUAAAUUGUUCUGAUUCGGUUGACGGUG